AUGUCGUCUGCUAUACCGUAUGAUCCUGAUGACUUUGAUAACAAUCCUUUUGCAGAUGGUGAUGUUGGUUCGUUGUCUUAUCAAGCACAACAAGUUGAGGAAAGCAACUCUGAGCAACAACAAGAUGAUGCUGAAGCUGUAGCUGAAGCUGAAGAUGACUCCCAAGAGAGUCACUCCGUUGGAAAUACCAGCACUGCCUCUGUGGCGGCAAUCCAACAGGAAGAAGGUACUAUUUCACCAUCCACUGGUGCCACUGAUUCCGGCUUCAGUGAUUUCCCAACCGAGUUAGAUUUGAAGAAAUAUGUCCCUGAGAGGCUCAAUAAAGAUAGACAAUUGGUUAUUAAGAUCCAAGAAAUCGAAAGUAAUGGCAACAAUACACAUAAAAAUCCAAUAUUUAAAUUCAAUGCCAAGGUAGUUAAGCUAGGCGGUUACCGUAAACCGAUUUACAAAAAUGUUAGACGAACUUAUAAAGAGGUGGAAUCCCUGUACAAAUUUUUGAUGUACAACAACAUUGAAGUUUUUGUACCUAGUUUACCCAAAAUUCCCACGCUCUUCACACCAAUGUCACCUGAAUUUGUGAGCUCACUCACAUUUACAUUUCAGGAUUGGUUCAAUAGAAUCUGUUCUAAUCCAAUACUGAUGAAGAAUAAAGAAUUUGCCUUAUUUUUCGAACAAAGUGAUUUUGGUUAUGUUCCAUCGAAAACCAAGCCGUCAACAAAUUCUGUCAUAGCCACUGGGUUAAAGAGAAAAACUCUAAAACAAUUUCAACCACCAUAUGAUAGUUGUGAAGACUUGGCACGAUAUAGACCCAUGAUCAAAGAGGUCCAUCUAAAUUGCACAAAAUUGUAUGAGAAAUUGGAGAAGUAUAUUAAGUACCAGAGGCAGGCUGGUUAUUAUGGCAACGAAUUCUUAACACAAUUGGGUGAACUGGCAAAUAUGGAAUCUAAUGAAGACAUGUCAAAACUUUGGAAGCGUUUCUUUAGAUUUACUUCAAUGUUCAACGAAUCUGACCUUAUAAAAAACUUGAGCUUAACGGCCGAAUUGUUGCGGUUUUUCGGCCAAGUAAGAGACGAUACAUAUAAUAUUAAGGAAGCAUUGACAAAUAGACAUUUAUUGAUGAGGGAAUUGAUAAAUGCAGAAGAAGCUACAAAGAAGAAGCAUUCAGCAAUAACCAAGCUCAAAAUGAAAUCAACCAUUGAUCCAAUCAGGGUUGAUGAGGCUAUAAGAAACUUGGAAAUGUCGAGCAAUUAUCAGAAAGAGCUCAGGUACCAAGUUAAAAGAACUACCUAUGAGAUGUUAAUUGAAUCAAAGGAGUACUCGGACUAUUUGGUUCUCAAUUUCAAGAAGUUUUUCCAUAGUCUGACUAAACAGCAAAUUUUGCAGGAAAGAAAAAAGCUUAACCUUCUGAUUAACAACAGGCUAAUAAAUCAUUCAGAAUCUUUAGGUAGAUUAGGGAGGGAAAAUUUACCUGACUCAGUAGUUCAUCAGAAGCAACCUAGUGAUCAAGAUUCGUGGAAUUCUUGGGCUAAAAAGUCAUAUUCUGAUUCUUCCAUGAGCGAGAGCUCUACAAUGAAGGAGUCAUUGAGUGAACAGUUAUCAAGCAUUGAUGCCAAAAGUGCUGCUUCUCUAUUAGCUGGUUCUAAUUUCUAA